CCGGACUCGUCUGACGAAGUGAAGCUGGAUUUCGCUUGGAUUUACGGGUUCUAAUUGAUCUUAAAUGGUUGCCAUUGGCGGGUGCUGCGAUCAGAUACGUAAGUUUAUAUGUCUCAUUCAUCCAUCAUCGGCCUCGCUUGCAUCAACGCAAGGAGACGAAGAUUCCUUGAGGCAAAUACUACGUACUGGAAUCGUCCCUGAAGUGCGGGGAUAUCCGUCCGUCGGUUCAUCCUCUUGCCUUUCCCCACGCCCACAUUAUUCUGGCCCUCUAGACUCCAACCCGUCUUCGUCUCCGUCUCGUUCCCCUUCUAGAGAACUGGAUUACAACAGCCAUGUAUGAAUCAUUCCGUCCUCAUCCGCUCCUCGCCCAAGUCCCCUUGACAGUCUCCCCGUUCAUCAAUCUCCCUACGUCGGUCACUCUUCCCUACACCUACAAAUCUGUUCCAUCAACUCUGCCUCCAUCUGUUACCGUUGAUCCCAGUAAUCCGGACAUCAAAGCCCGUUAUGUGGUCUCUCCAAGCGGCGAGCAUGCGGCUCGCCCAGAAGAGAUCCUGGCUUCUUGCAAGUCGCUGGAGGAACAUCUGAACAGGACGCGAAUCGAGGCCGAGAACGCGAUCAAGAAAUGGGAGGAGGCGAUAUCGCAACGAGAGCUUGCGGAAAAGAGGCGUGUUGCCCCGGGUUGGCUGGAUCGAGAUGAGAAAUUGCUUCAGCCUAUCAGUUCGGCGCCAGCUCAGUCGUCAAAGAAUCAGUCAAACCAUAGCUUACUGGACAGCUCAUCCGGCAAUCAGAGUUCCUCCGGUUUUCCAGCCAUGGUACCUCGUGAUGAGGGCGAAGAGUUGGAUCGCGCUUUUGGAGGGUUGGAUGUGAAAUAGGCAGCGGUGCUAUGCCAGACAUGGCAUCAGAACCUGAAUUCCUGCGCUGCUCCUAGCACAGACACAUCUGUUCGACAGAGCGCAUUUCAGACUUCCCAGUGCGGACAAAGUCUUUUACCAAGAGUGCACCUUGUCCCCCCGAAGCGCCUCAUCGACUGCUGGAACUAGACUGACUGGCUGACACGAAAUAUGGACUGUUAAAUCCGGCUGCUUCGGCUGCGUUACAACAUUCCAAACCAGCAGAUUGAUGUUGAAGCAGGCUUGAAGGUCCACAAACCCCGAUUAGCCUGACUCGAGCAGCAAAUCUCUCUCACUACCCCCGAUCGACCCUAUGGUCUCGGUUGAGUGAGCUGCACUUGACUAGGUGAUUAUGCUGUGCACGCUUCAAAACGCGCAUGUAUGUUAAAUUAGGUCCCAAUGAGCCGGAU